AUGUUGUACAUCAGAGGUGGGCAACUGUCGAUCGCAAUCUACCAGUCGAUAGCGGCCACUUGUUUGGUCGAUCACCGUUUCCCAACAAUCCUAUCUACUGAGAUUCGAACUGCAGUCUGGGUAGGAUACAAAGGUGGCUUAGUCACUAGCACCACUGAGGCACCAGAGAAGAACGAGGUGAUAUCGACUCUGCUGUCCCCAUCUGACCUCUCUCAUCAGACGCCAGGUAAACCACCUAUAGUCGAUUCAUUGAAGGUAGAUUCUUGCACCUACGAGACAAGUCCAAACUUGACCUCCAAAUGUGGUCUGCCGUACACACACACGCCUGUCGAAUUCAGACAUUUGGACACAGAAUCAAUAUCACCUCACAUCCGUCAUGAUAGCUUAUUGUCUUCCAGUACCAUUCCACCGUCCCGUAGAGGUUCCAAUACCAUUCCACCUUCCAGCAAAGGUUCCAGUACCGCUCCACCCUCCAGCAGAGGUUCCAGUACCAUUCCGCCCUCCAGCAGAGGUUUCAGUACCAUUCCCACUUCCAGCAGAGGUUCCAGUACCAUUCCAUCUUCCAGCAGAGAUUCCAGUACCAUUUCACCUUCCAGUAGACGUUCUAGUACCAUUCCCCCUUCCAGCAGAGGUUCCAGUACUACCAUUCCACCUUACAGCAGAGGUUCCAGUACUUCCAUUCCACCUUCCAGCAGGUUCCAGUACUACCAGUUCACCUUCCAGUGGAGGUUCCACAGAGGUUCCAGUACCAUUCCACUUACCUCCAGCAGAGGUUCCAGUACCAUUCCACCUUCCAGCAGAGGUUCCAGUACCAUUCCCCUUUCCAGCAGAGCUACCACUACCAUUCCCGCUUCCAGCAGAGGUUCCAAUACCGUUCCACCUUCCAACAGAGGUUCCAGUACCAUUCCCCCUUCCAGCAGAGGUUCCAGUACCAUUCCCCCUUCCAGCAGAGGUUCCAGUACCAUUCCCCCUUCCAGCAGAGGUUCCAGUAUCAUUCCCCCUUCCAGCAGAGGUUCCAGUACCAUACCCCCUUCCAGCACAGGUUCCAGAACCAUUCCCCCAUCUAGCAGAGGUUCCAGUACCAUUCCCCCUUCAAGCAAAACUACCAACAGAGGUUCCACUACCAUUCCACUUUCCAGCAGAGGUUCAAGUACCAUUGCCCCUUCCAGCAAGGGCGGAAACCGCGACUCACUGCUCCCUCGCUUAAUCUGA